UUCUGGCGGAAUCUAUGGGCAGAACUCAAGGCGACACAGCAAUGGCAGCGACCUUGUGCAGAGCAUGGCGUUCGUAGCAGUUUAAUUAGAUAACCACCUAAAAUGUUCGCAUAUCGACCACACGAAAUGACAAUUUGAUUUUUAUAGUAAAUGUUUUAGGGUGAUCAUAAUGAUUUCCUUCAUCAAGGCCGCUGUCGGCGGUUUGAGUGGCAUCUGUAGAGCCCACGGUUACAAAGGUCCUUUGCACAGCCACUUGAAAGUCCUCACUGCUGGGCUGAAGACGUAUGAAAUCCCACCAGACUACAGCGAUGUGGUAUUGCCAGAGAAACCCAAACUGAAGUUUGUGAACAAGGUGCCUAACUUCAAAAAGGCCAAGAAAGAGAUGAAGAAGCUAUGGGAUAUCCAAGGCCCAGCUAGGGCGGCAAAUACCUUCACUACUGGACAGUAUGCCAUUGUGGCGAUGGGAGGGGGAUAUCUUCACUGGGGUCACAUAGAGAUGAUUCGUCUAACCAUCAACCGCAAGAUGGAUUCCCGGACUACAUUUGCCCGCUGGCGCAUCAAUGGCCCAUAUAAGCCAAUCACACGUAAAGGUCUGGGUCAGCGCAUGGGUGGGGGCAAAGGAGCUAUUGACCACUAUGUGACACCUGUCCGCUAUGGACGUUUAAUCGUGGAGGUGGGAGGAAAGGUGGAGCUGGGGGAGGUUGAACAUAUCUUGAUUGAAGUGGCAAAGAAGCUUCCCUUCCCUGCAAAGGUAAUGAGCAGGGACACCCUCGCAGCCAUGCACAAGAAGCAGGCUGAUAUGGAGGAGAACAACCAGAAUCCCUGGACCUUUAAGCAGAUAGCACAUGGCAACAUGCUGGGUAUUAGGAGGGUGCUCAGCCCCUUUGACCUGCACAACAAUGGGCGCUUUACAGGCAAAUUUCACCUUCUGGGGAGGGUGUGACAGGCCCAGACAACAGGAAUCAAUACUGUGUAUAUUGUGACACCAUCCAGACCACACUGUUGAAGAAGCAACCAAAAUUUUGAAAGGCUCAGAGUUUCAACCAUAUUUGGGAAUCUUCUUUCAUGUUUUUUUAAUGCAAAUGUAUUAGUGAAUUUAACAUUUUGUUAAAGAGGUGUUUCCCCCUUUUUCUGCUUAAAAAACAAAUAAACUAGAUAAUGUAUUUCAGUUUUACAUGGUGGCUCAAAUAUUGUGACAAUAUUGAGAUUGGUUUUUCUGUCUAAUCAGAUGCAAAAGAGAAGUAAAAAUGUAUCUCUACAGAUUACACUAAAUUAAGAACAAAUAAAAAAGUGGUUGAUUUAUAAGUAUUUAUCCUCUUUAAAUUGUAACAAGUGAUUAGAUUUUAUCUGGAAUUCCAAUUGCCGAAGAAAAAAGUCCAUAAAAAAAAAAAAAUGGCAGUAUGACAGUAAAUCUACUUAGAGCAACUGUGAAAGAUUGACAGGUUUGCAUGGCUGUGAUUAGUGAUGCUGUACAUAGAGUGACUGUUGCUGGGGUGCAUCAGUACCUGUUCUCUCAUUUCUUACAACAUUUUUACACGUGUUCAUUUUUUGAUUAUCAGGUACAUUGUGAAUAGUACCUUAAAGCCUGUCAAAUUCAACAACUACAUUUCCCGUUGGCCUUUUUAACAAACUUGCUGUCUGAGAA